ACUCGAGUUAGAUUUGUCCUACAACUCAUUUAUAUUCAACUUUGAUCCUGGAUGAGUUCCACCUUUUCAAUUGAGUGCGAGAUUGGACCGCAUUUUCCACAAUGGCUUCGAAAUCAAAAGAGUUGUAUUGAACUUGACAUCUCUAAUUCUGGAAUUUCUGGUAUUUUUCGAAGUAGGUUUUUGGGUCAAAUUCAUCUUGAUUUAGGGUAUAUGGAUCUCACUCACAACCAAAUUGGAGGAACAUUGUUUCCGAAUUCAGUAUUGGAUGUAUUUACAUAUAAUCCUCUCAUUAAUAUGAGUUCAAAUCAAUUUGAAGGUCCAAUCCCUUCGGUUCUGUCAAAAGUAUCUUCUUUGGAUCUCUCCAAUGAUAAACUUUCAGAAUCAAUUUCUUUCUUCUGUGCAAGCAAAGGUAACUACAGUAAGUGAAGCUUUCUCAAUCCCUCAAGCAACCAUCUAAUUGGAGACCUUCCAGAUUGCUGGACACCUUUCGAAUAUCUCUCUUGAUUUAAGCAGCAAUGCUUUUUUUCAAGAAAGAUUCCUACCGCAAUAGGCUCUUUGUUGUCUUUGAAGACAUUGAAACUAAACAACAACAGAUUUGUAGGGGAACUGCCUUCAUCCUUGGGAAAUUGCAGAAAGACUGAGAGAAAGAGCAGAGAACGAACAAUGUCGGGCUUCAAUUUCCGAUCCUCCGCUUCUCAAUCCACUUCCCCUUUCGGAUCCUCCACCCCGCCUUUCUCAUUCGCCUCCUCCCCUUCCCUCUUCGGAUCCUCCGCGCCCGCCACCGCCUCCACCGGGGUCGGACUCGGAUCCUCCUCUUUCGACUCCGCUUCCUCAAACCCCUCCACUUCCUCCUCCCCCGCUUUCAGUAACCUAAACCCUAGCCCCGCCCCGAACCCGAACCCAUUUCCCUCAUUCGGAGUCGGAUCCUCCACCGCCGCAGCUUCUACACCUUUCGGAUUCAAUCCCUCCACCGCCGCUUCAGGCUCCACUCCGUCGCAGCCUAUGUUCGGCUCAACCCCUUCUCAGUCCCUUUUUAGCUCAUCCUCAUCGACGCAGGCUUCGGGUUCUACCACAUCCUUAUUCGGGUCAACUGCAUCUGCCUCCACUUCAAGCACUUCUAGUUCUCCUCUGUUCAGCUCGGCUUCGGCUUCACCUGCACCUUUGUUUGGGACUACUACUUCUUCUUUCGCUCCCAGCACAGGCUCGGCUCUCUUUGGCUCGUCCUCUUCAUCGGCGGCGCCGCCUUCCUCCACCACUCAGAACUUGUUUGGCUCUGCUCCGUCGUCCGCGGCUCCAACCACUCUUUCAUUCCCAAGCUUUUCGAGCUCUUCGUCUGCAGCCCCAACCACUCCUGCAUUCUCAAGCUUUCUGAGCUCUCCCUCUGCAGCCUCAUCCACUGCUUCAUUCCCCAGCUUUCCGAGCUCUCCCUCUGCAGCAUCAACCGCUCCCACUCCCACAUUCCCAUCCUGUUCGAGCUCUUCCGCUGCAGGCUCAACCACUCCUGCUUUCGGAGGCUUUUCGAGCUCUUCUUCUGCAGCUCCAGCCACUUGCUCGUUCGCAAGCUCUUCGGGUUUCUCAUCAUUCCCGAGUUCAGCUCCUUCUGUCGUUUCAUUGUUUUCCAAUGCCUCUGUGCCCGCCUCCUCAUCACAAGCACAACCAAGCACUACUCUGCCCGCAUUUGGUCUCACUACUUCAGCAACUGCAACUGCCACUGCAACUACAACGGCAACUGGUACCAGUACCCCUGCAGCUCAGACAUCAAGUGCACAUGCUGUGGCUUCUACUAGUGGGACAACCUCAAAUGUUAAUGGCAGCCGGGUGGAAUCCCUUGAAGAUGAGGGUUACAUGGAUAAUGACGAUAAGGGCAAUCCUACUGUAGCUUCGAUGGAGGGGGACAACAGUGUUGCUGUUGCAACCUUGGUUAGUAAAGAGACUUCCUUUUGCACUACCUCAACUUGUUCCUUUGCUCCUAACUCAGAUAAAGCAGAAAAGGUGUCAAUAACUAAUUUGGAGAUGCGGUUCAGAAAUUUUAUUGCUUGUUUUGACACUGAUGCUCGCUUCGACAUCACAAUUGACGAUAUUGCGAUAUUGCACUUCCAUUGAGCGGUAGUCAAUCUUUUUUUGAGGGUGGAAAAGUUCCUUCGGAGUUCGUGGUUCCACUCAUUAAGUUUGCUGAAAGGUACGGCGGAGGCGACUUCUCUAGCUUGUUUGCAGAGGGAAAGAGUGCUCGUCAGAAACAAAAAUUGAUUGAGGAGUUUGGUUCUGUGUUGUAUAGCAUGGAGGUUGAGGAAGUGAAAAAUGAGGAGAUUUUUUUUAUCUGGAGGGAUGCAUGCCGUGACAUUAUAGAUUGGGGACUCAAUGUCGACUUUAUGUUUGACCAUUUGAAGCAAGCUGCUAGGAACUUCUUUGGUUAUAUGCUCAGGCCUAGAGGAUUAGAGAAUAGUUGUAGGGAGAUUCACCAAUUGGAGGAAGAUGUAUCCAAAUUGAGAAAAGAGCUUUCGCAUCUUGAACAACAACUAGGAAAGGUGCAAGAAGACUUACGCACUAGACUUGGUGCUGACAUCAGCUCAGAUAGCAUGGUGUGUAUAUUAGAAUCUUCUUGGGUUCCUCAAAGUCGCGCAACUCAUGGCCUGUAUUAGUUUCGCUUAGCUUUUUCUUUUUUUGAGAGACUUGGAAUAGAGAUUUUAUCAUUGCCAAUGCAACUUUGGU